AUGCAAUGCAGGUAUUGGCGGCGGAGUGACCUCCCCUCAAAACCUCAAUUUUGCGGCCGGCUCCACCCCUUACUCUGCUCUCCAGGCCUGGAAAUCCGCAAUCUCCGCUGGCCCUUCCGGCGUCCUCACCACCUAGGUCGGCCAGAAUGUAUUAGACCUCAGCAACAACUGAUUCUCCAACGAGUUCUCUCCUUCGUUCUCUACAUCCCCAAUCUUGUCUACCUCGACCUCCGAUUAAACUCCUUCUUGGGUCCAAUCCCCGAUGCCCUCUUUGACAAACGCCUCGACGCCAUCUUCCUCAACAACAACCAAUUAGACAGUGAAAUCCUGGACAAUUUCAGCAAGCCCCUGGCCUCCGUCAAUAAUUUGGGAUACAACAAGUUCACUGGAUAA